AAGAGAGAGCGUGUCCGGCGGCCACUUGCCCCGCGCGCGAAUUGUGUUUUUGUGAUUGCCUGUUAAGUCCUUUUGGCCAUCGCCAGUUAAAAGUGGAGGUCUUGAGCGCCCCAAAGAGAGGCAGGCAUCCACCCGCAGUGGGAGAUUCGCGGGUUCCUGCCGCAUCCACCUCCGCCACGCCGCCACCGUCCCUUAAGAGGGCCAAGCACGAGGGCGUCCAAGAACAGGAUAUGGAAGCACCCCUCAGCGUUGCCCUAAGCAAAAGCAUGGAUUCUGUAAACACCAACAAUGGAGAGGAAGAGGUCCGGACGUUAUUCGUAAGCGGACUGCCCAUGGAUGCCAAACCCCGAGAAUUAUAUUUACUGUUCAGGGCAUAUGAGGGCUACGAAGGAUCGCUAUUAAAAGUUACCAGUAAAAAUGGAAAGACUGCUUCGCCUGUCGGUUUCGUCACAUUCAACACAAGAGCAGGAGCCGAGGCUGCCAAGCAAGAUCUACAGCAGGGCGUCCGGUUUGACCCCGACAUGCCACAGACCAUCCGACUGGAGUUUGCUAAAAGUAACACCAAGGUUAGCAAGCCCAAACAACAAGCUGCUAACUCAACCAACACGCACCCAACUUUGAUGCACCCUCUCACCGGACUUUACGUUACAGAUUUGGGCACGCCUUUCUUCCCUGGCGGUCCUGAGCUGUGGCAUCAUCCGCUUGCAUAUUCAGCCGCAGCUGCUGCAGCGGCAGCGGCAGAACUACCGGGAGCUGCGGCACUUCAACAUGCCACCUUAGUGCAUCCCGCACUGCACCCCCAGGUGCCAGUAAGAUCCUAUCUUUGACUAUCUUCGGACAAAAGUCCGAUGGAUGCGGGAGCUCCAGUCCACCACCACCCACCAAUGACAUUGCCUCAUCCCACUUCGUUGACGUCGAUGCAUGCGGCGGCUUCGUUGCCUCAUUUUCUGCCUAGCCCAGCUCUGGCAUCACCAGUGGGCUCCGGCUCCUCUCAACCGGGUAUGGGGAUGAACAAUCCCCCCUGUUCUACUCUAUUUGUAGCCAAUUUGGGCCAGUUCGUCUCUGAGCAUGAACUGAAGGAGAUAUUUGCCAGGGAACAAAAGGAGAAGAAAAUGGACAAUCUUAGCUCGUACUUGCCUCUCAGCACUUGACAGAAGGCGAUGAUGGCCGGACAAUGCUAAGUGGCAUUUUGAUGGACUGGAGAGAUUUUGUUUCAAAAAGCGAAACAAUAUUAACCUUAUCCCUGUUAUCUAUUUCUGUAGUCGAACUGUUGCAAAGCAUCCUGAUUCUCUUAGAUAGGAAAGAGUCUCACCAAAGAUUACAGGCAAGUUUUUUGGGGAGAUUGCUGAACCUAUAUUUAUCUUUAUCUAAUAUAUUUACUGAAGAUAAGCUAAACCAAAGGUGCCCUAAAUUUUAAGUUUUAGAUUAAAUAUUAAAUUAGUAGUAUUAGUACGUGCGUUAUUUGGUCGCACAGGCCUGAUAAUAAUCGUACGGUUUAAAUGCUUAACAUGUAGUUUUCAUUUCCUUUCGUGUAGUUAUAGCGGUUGAUUCUUGAGCAUGGCAUUUGUAGUUCGCUUUAGGGAUGCAACUACUUAAUAUUGUCAAUAUUUAAUGUAAACGUCCAUUUUAUAGCAAUUCUUUUCAGAGAAAAACUUAAAUCAGUUCUGGUUCCGGUUGUUUAAACCCAUUAGGAUCUUCUAGAAGAGCAACAUUUACGAGUUCUUAUCAAUUUACAUAAAUUUAUUAUAACUUUAAAGUCUUACGUACAGGGUUUUUCCAUAAGUUUCAAAGUGAUCAUCUUUCUAAUAUUGCAGACAUUUAUCGCGUUUAGUUCCAAUUUGGUGAAAUCAAUUAUUUAAAUGUUGGUUAAAAGUUGUCACAUGUUUAUUUUAAAAAGUGUUUUUCAUUCUAUUCGGAGGAAACCGCCGGAAAUUAGAGAAAUAAUCUAAUAAGGGAGCGGUAAUUGAUUACUUAGUUACUGUAUUUAAAAACAAACUAAGAAAGUUUGUACAAUAAAACUGCAUCAAAUCUGUUAGAUAAUCAAACACCAUUUGAGUAGAGUCUGCAUACUAGAAAAAGGAUCAAAAAACGCGUUAAUAUGGAAAUCGACCUGUGCCUUAUUAAAUGUUUGAUAAAUGAAAUUGUAAAUUAGGUUACAUUAAGAUGUAAAUUGUAAUUUACCCAAGUGCCCUUUCUAUUCUAGAUUUUUUUAGCUGCAUGGGGAUCCUAAUGACCUUUUUGGAAUAGAUACAAGUAAUAUCUAAUUUCAUUAACAAGAAACUUAUAAAUACAAAUAUUUACGCAUAUACCUAAUUAAAUUGUUCUCUCCUAUACAAUCCUUAAUCUUAAAACUAAGAUUUGUUGCAAUUACAGAAGAGGACUUGUCCAAUAAAAAACAUAUCAAUUUAAUUGUAAAUUAUAAAAUUACUUUUCUAUAUAUAAAACUAUUUUAAUCUAUUUAAACGUAAUUUGUAUUACGUAUUCCUUGUCGACAGUGAUUAUGAUGAUACCUAAAUUCAAGACGUGUUGAGCUUUUACAUUGUAUUGUUUUGAUUUUCUAGAAAACUAAUUAAGUAAUCGUAAUUAAAUUAAGAGCUUUUUGCUUUGAUCUAAUGGCUAGAAAUACUUUGCAGCGACUAAAUACAGGCAUUUGUUAUCUUGCAAAUAAAGUGCAUGAAAUUUAUAUGUAGAAAAUAUAGUUUGUAGGUGUAGGAUCGGUUAGGAUAUGUUGCUGUACCUUAAAUAUAACUUAUGUAUCCGUAUGAAUCGAAAAUAAUGAUAAAAACGUGCAACCAGUGAAAGUUGAUGAACACCAUUAAUUUGCAAACACGCAGGAUUGCAAAUGGAUUAGAAAAUCAUAGAUCUCUUAAGCAAAAGUAAAAGUAAUUUUUUUUCAUAUAAAAAACAUCAACUGGUUUGGCAACUUGAAAACCCUACUGUCCUACAAAGGAGCUGCUGAGUCUCUCCAACCCAAAAUCUUUAUGAAUCUCAAUAAGACCAAGUUAAACAUUUAAACUUUAAGCAAUUAAUUUUUCUAUUACUUUUGGAAACUCAAUCAGACACCUCUAAUAAAACUACUUACCUUAAUUUUUAUGGAACCUAUGGAUACAUAAGUUGAUUAACCAAAGUUUAUAUUUAAAAAAAUGAACUUAAUAUAUUCAAAUAAUUUUAAAGUGUCGUUGAUUAACAAUUAAUUAAUUAUUUUUAUAUAAUUUUUUAAUUUUCUACAAUUACUAAUUACCAUCUGUAUCCAACAGCUCGCCAUAUCAUUUCUCGAGAAAUAACAUAUUCGAGGUUUUAAUAUAUUUUCUAUAUGGCGAGCAAUAUGUUGUUUAUUAUAAAAAGUAGUUUAUACUUAAAAAUAGUGUCGUAGUGCUUUUCGUGUGAAUUUAUGUGAUAUAUUAUCUAUUACUAUCAUUACAAUAAGUAUAUAUUUAUCCGGUCUCUGCAAGGAUUCAAUCCGAUUUGAAACGGGGUAUUUUGUCCUUUGGAUCUGGCAAGUCAAUUAGACCUAAUCUGUUUCUGUCCUUGUAAGGGACCACAAUGCAGGUAAAUGCGACUCUUUUUGUCUUUCGUGCUGAAUCUAUCAACUUCGGGUUUUACUAUAAUUGGGCAACUUUUGCAAUUCGCAACGCCGAACAGACAAAAAGAUCGCGCUGCGUCAUAUUUCCGUCCAAAUAGAAAAAAUCUAUGUCAAGAUACAUGUUUAAUUGACUCGUGCCGUAUAAGGAAGCGCAUGAGUCUCGGUAAGGUGGGUGCGGGUCACAGUGUAGAUUUAGCUGGAGAUCCUGACAUUUCGGGGACUACAUGAUACAUAUCAGCUUAUCUAAUUAUAAAACUAAAAAAAAUACUUGUUAUACAUAAAUGCAAUCCGACCCUUAGAUGUCGUCUUGUAACUGUGCUAUUAUGAAUUAUAUUAAUCGAACAUGUGAGUGGUUGUUAGUUCUUAGCAAACAUACAAACAUACAAACAUUGAAAUAACUUUUAUGUCAGUUUGUUUUACCAGUCGCACACUUUAUAAAACAAUACCUUAUACAUGGAAGUUUUAUAUGAAUCUCGAGACUGACUGAUAUUACAGAAAUAUAGCCAAGGCUAUUUCUGUUUGCAUAAAAGACAUCGUUAUAUAAGGAACCCAUUUAAAACCGCGUUACUCAAUGUUCCCCAAGCGCAAUCGCUGAUAGCACAUGCCUUUAUCACGGUUUAUAACACAAAACAUGUGCUAUAAAGAACACUUGUUUCUAAAAGGGUGAACCAAAUCAAACCCUUUGCGCAUAAUGGGACUUAACAUAUUACAUACAACGAAUAUCGAUUUGAUUACUUGCUGCGUAACCAUUUUUAUUACAGCUUGUGGACGUUCUUAUAAAAUUUUAAAUCUCCAAUUGAUCGAUCUACCAUAGACAUUUAUUCAAGUUUUUUUUUAUUUGAAAAAUACUAAAAGGCACAGAAAGUUUGCAUUUACUCGUUUUUAUUUAAGUGCUGAUAAAUGACUUUUAUACAAAGUUUAGAGCCAAACCAGUUUACAUGUUCAAUAAAUACCAACCUAAAUAAUAAUCGCUAUAGUGUAUAUAGCAAGCGUAUAAUCACUAAGCCGGUACCCAUGAUGCGGCCAGUUUGCUCGUAGUAUGUGGUUGAACCUGCGUGUAACCGCAUUGCGUUUAACCGUAGUCACAACCCCUGCUUCCAAUUGUAAACCGCUAUCAAUUGCAGCCAAAACGCAGUAAUCAAUAAUAAUUUAAAAAAUUGACCUUGACAAAGUCUUAACCAUUUACUACAUCUAUUUGAAUUAUGAAAUCAAGAACACAAUCAGGAAAAAUUGUGGUUCUGUCAAAUAUUGAGCCUAUAAAUAGUAUAAAAUUAAUAAAUAUUUACUUAGCGUUUACGCAACCUCAUGUUAUAAAGCAAUACAAUCACAAUGCAAACAAGCCGUGCAAAGCUUUAGAUCAGAAGGCAGGAAGCGGUAUGAGAGUUAUUAAAAUAAUAUCAUAUCCGCUAAGAUGGCGAGGUUCUUUGGGGUUUCACCUGAAAUUGAUACUAAGCCAUUGGCAAAAAUAAAAAGUACUUGUGCAAAAGCAUAUAUUUUAAAUCAUAGUGUAGGUCAGUCUCAAGAUUCAUAUCAAUUUUGCGACGUAAACAUGUGAUAAAUUAUCAACGUUAUAAUGAACUAGCCACAAUCGCCUUCUCUGCUUUAGGUAAUAGGUUUAUAUUUAGUAGACAAUUAAAUUUAAAAAGUAAUAAUAAAAAACAUUUCUAAACAUAUCAUGAUCUGUGCCCCUUGUCAAGUGACAUCUUAAAUCGUAGCGUUUAGUAAUCUAAUUGAUAAAGAUUUGAUAAUAUUUAAGAUGCGGAUUUACAAAGUAGGACAAUUUCAAUUACCAUAAUAUUUCUCAAAGAUAAUCAUGCGCUAAUGCUGAGUAUAUUUACAUAACAAGUGAAGGCCUUGUUCCUUUUAUUUCUGUUAUUAUUUUUAUUUUGUUAUUAAACUGGUAGCAUUUAAAUUAACGGCUUUCAUUCAAUUUGUAUUAUACUUUUUUUAAUUAACAGUUUGAUAUAUUCCAAAUCACAUAGCAAAAUACAGAGCAAUAAAACGAAAAUGUUUACUUUAAUUAGAGCUUACGGUAAGAAAUUUUAAAAUGGAGAUUUAGGGAACGGGAUGCCAAUUAUAAGCCUUAUAAAUAUAUAUUGUGUUAGCUCCCUUUGUAUGUGUACCCAGCAAUGCUAAACGGUAAAACGGCAAUUUUUAAGAUUUUACACUGUUCUCAGUUACUAGGAUUGUGGCAACUCGCAGAUAUACGUUUGCAUAAUAAAAACUAUAGUUCUGAUGUCUCUAAUCAGAAGCUGAAUAUGUUCUAUUAACUUUCCCAUGUGGCAUAUUUUUAAAUUCAAACGCCGUAUUUUUACCAGUGAACCAAUGUGGCUUAACAGAAAGAGACUUUUUCUAAGGUAGCUUAGUGGUAGUGAAGUAGAAAAAUAAAUUUUAAAUUUUUUUGUGAGAUAAUAAUUUUCUUUCUUCCAUCUAAUGAUCCUAAUCCCAUUUACAUAUCACUAUCGGGCCGAAAACCUAAUAUAAUAUCAAAGCUCAUAAUAGUUUAACACCGCCGUCUAAGGAAAAUCCUAAACAUUUUUCAAUGCAUUUUUUUCUGCAAAUUGUUGAACAUUACUACUGCCUGUCUUUAAUAAGCAUAUUUAAGAAUUAUACGUAAAAGCAUCGAAUAGAAGAUAAGAUAAGCGAAAUAUAAAAAACUCUGAAUUUAAACCCAAUUUUGCCCAUGGGAAAUGAAAAGUAAAACUCGGUUUUCAGCUUACUGCAUGCUAACCAUUGUUUAAAUUAUGUGACGCUAUUUGACAAAGUAAGAAUGUAAUUCUUAAAAAUAGCCUGAAGCCCAGACGUAGCCUUAGAAAACUUGUUAAUUGGCCAGAAAAUGCAUAUCUUUACUGUAAUACUGAACAGUACGUAGUCUAAUUAGUUUAAAUACUGUAAAAUUUGUCGGAAAUCCUUGUUGGAAUUAGAGCUAAAUAAAUACCACGUGUAUAGUACUGAGUGUUUUGAAAGAUUUCAUCAGAUGGGACUGGCUGUAACGGUUGAUUAACUUGAAAAUUGUCGCGGAUUGGUAGAAGAAUAUUUGUUGAUACUAGUCAAAAUAAUUGUAUUUCCUACUCACCCCACCAUCUUGCCCUCUCAGAUUUUACAGAAAAGCAUUCCAAACAAAGAUUAUAUUACCUGACGAUGUACUUAGCUAUAAAUUGUAUAGGGUCCAAAAGAUGGAAAAUAAAUAUGUAUUAAACAUUA